GGACGGGGUCUUACUUUGGGUCCUCAGCUACACAAAACCAAAACAGUUUGCAAAUCCAAAAUGAGACGCUAAUAAACACCGAUGUUAUUUAUAUGUUGUUUGCGUAAUGGCUGGGAAUGAUGAUGAACUGGAAAGGCGUGCAGUGGAGGAGCUGCUCAAAGAGGCCAGUAGAGGCAGAGUGCGCUCUGAGACAAUGGGUCCAUCUGGGUGGAUGAAGUGUCCUUUACGAAGCACCAAUAAGCGCUUCCUGCUGAACACCCUGCGCCCAUGCGCCGCCGAGCGCCGACCCGGGAGCCGGCCGGCUACAGCCAGAGGAACCGAACGUGGGAGGGAGGAGGGGUCUCGAUGUUCACGUCGUCACCCUGAGGACAGAGAAUGCAACUGUAGACAAGACACCAAACACAAAAGAGAACAGUCUCAUUCGCAGUCAUCAAGACCUCACUAUUCAUCCACGAGUAAAUUAGCGUCCAAAGACCACACCCCCAGUUGCGCCAACCGAUCAGAUAGAACGCGUUCCCGGUCGCCAGACAGGGAACGACUCGUAAACAAAAGAUCCACAGACAGGACUAGAGAAUGAUUCAUGACCUUUUUUGCAGAAUAAGAUUCACCCUCUAAGAUUCAGUGUGCUGACCUGAACCAGUCUAAAAGGUGAAUUUAUAUAUAAAUAUAGAGACAGCCAAAAAAUGUAUACACAUUUUAGGAAAAGAUAAAUAGUUUGAUGUAAAUUAUAUUAAUAUAAUAUAAAUAAUAGUAUCAUAUUAUUAUCAUUAUAAUUUUAUCAUAUCCAUCUAUAAAAAUAAAACGUAAAGCAAUACAUUUAGUAUUUAAAUAUUUAUGCAAGUUUCCUUGAAGUGUGUCUAAAUUUUUUUGGCUGACUGUAUUUACUUUUAUGCUCACUGGCCAUUUCAUUAGGUACACCUGUUUACAACUGCUUGUUAACGCUCAUAUCUAUUUAGCCAAUCACAUGACAGCAACUCUGUGCAUUUAAACAGUUCGACAUGAUUAAGGCGAUCUACUGAAGCAUCAGAAUGGGGGAGAAAGAUGAACAAGGGAAGAUGGUUGAUAUGACAGGCUUGUCUGAGUUCCAGAAUCUUCUGAUCUACUGGGAUUUUCAAACAGGACCAUCUCUGGGGAAUUAUAUUAAGACAGAUAAUCAGUGAGGGCAGUUCUCUGGGUUAAAAAUGCCAGAAUGUCAGAGGAGAAUGAGCAGACUGGUUCUUGCUGCUGAUAAAAAAAAGCAACAGUAAUUCAAAUAACAUUACAGAACAUAACAUUGUAUAACAAGAAGAACAUUUUCGAACGCACAAACUGUCAAACCUUGGUAUGUUAAUUUGUCUCAGUUUGGCAUGUCCUGUCGAAAUGAUAAACCGAGGGGCUGAGCUUUCCUAAUGACACUGGUAUUAUUGCCUAGAGAAGGCACUAUAUUUCGUUCGUUUAUCUGUUUUUUUACAGGACGAAUUAGUUAGGUUUGACUGAAUCAAAGCUUCUUGUUAGACCUGCAAAAGUUUCAGUGACAGUGAUAUUCUUGUGAGCUACAUAAAAAAAACUAAGAUGAAUUUGUGAUAUCCCCAAAACCUCUAUAAAAUGACUAAUUCUAACAAAAGAAAAAGCUCCUUGUUUACAUCAUCCAGUACUACAGUUUAGUAAUUGUUAUGCUUCCACAGAAACACCCUGACUUAUUACUCCUCCUGUUAUAAGGUGUCGCUAUUUUUAUCCUAAUUUAAUAUAUAGAGUUAAAGAUUGAAUUUGUUCAUACACAGCUUGUUCAAUUUCUUGUUGUCUUUGUAAUAGUUAAAAAGAAAAGUUUCAUUCACAAAAUUUAUUUUAAUAAGUUACUAAAGAGAACGAGACUUGGACUGAGGAAAUCCUUAACUGAUCCGGCUUUACAGUACAAGCCACACAUCACUGAGGGGGAAAUAAAGGAGCAACCGAUCAGACCAAAUCUUUUACAUGAACUCAAAUAUCCAAAUCAAUAAGUCAGAUUUUCUGUAAUUUCUGGGUUGUUGCCACUGCCCCCUAGUGCACACGUUCACGCUGAACAAAUCUUUCAACAGCGCAUUUAUCUGCACAACGAUGCCUGCGUGGGAUUACAGAUUUACAGAUGGAGUACAAAUCAGCCCAAAGUCUGCACUGCUGUUUGCUCUGUGGAUCAGAUGUGUUCCUCAGAUGCAGAGUGUUUUUUUAUUUAUGCUGCACUCUGAGCUUGUAAAGAACUUACCUUUACAUUUACAUUUUUAAUAUCAUAUCCUGAGCAAUAUGAUAAGAUCUCAUGAUAAAAAUACUACACAUGUAUGUGUCUGAGCAACACGGGUUUCAUUAGUACUGUUAAACUUGUACGCAAUCGACUGUUACCCUGAAAUGAUGCUGUAAUAGAAUUUUGUUUGUUUUUCUCAAAUAUAUAGUGUUUAGAAGUUUUAUGUAAAUCCAAAGAAAGAGAAAGCAAAUAAAAAUGCCUUUUUUUUU